AAUUAUUACUGUAUGCAGUUUGAUAACGAAACAUCACGGGCUAGUAAAAUCUGCCUUGGAGUAAACAACGUUUACAGAGAUACAUAAAGGACUGACAUUUGAAAACGGACCGAUCCAUGGAAAGCUUGUCCCUACCAGCGAACCAUAACACUCAAACAAAGCCUCGAUCAGUAGGCGGAAACACCACGACCAACUUAAAAAGUUUUCGCUCUGUGGUUUUAGGAAAGGAUGGCGUAGGAAAAUCAGCCUUUACUGUCAGGCUUCUCACAAAGCGAUUCAUUGGGGAAUACGACAGGACAUUAGAGGAAACUUAUCGCCACCGAGUUGAAGUGGAUGGCCAGAAAAUUCUGUUAGAAAUCCUGGACACUGCAGGGCAAAAUUCUGUCGAGAAAAUCGACGCGUGUUCUUCAGCAGACGUCUUCUUUGUCCUGUACUCGACCACUGAUCGAUCGUCCUUCAAGGAAGCAGCCCUCAUCAUCAGAUACCUGCUCGAGACACGAAAUGUUGCUCAAUCAGCGAUAUUUUUAAUAGCGACAAAAAAAGACCUUAAAUAUGAACAAGAUGUGACGGAGUAUGAAGGAAGACUACUUGCUAUGGAUCUAGGAUGCGAGUUUUAUAUCAUUUCAAGUUCCGAAGGUUUUGAUGGCACACAGGAUGUACUGCGAGGCUCGCUACGGUUCACUUUGAAUAACAAGAACGGCAGUGGUUCUAGAUCGCCAUUGAUGACGCGAGUUAAGAAGGGGCUAAAGCAACACAGAUCGCAAUCACAUGGCACUAAUCAGCCGCAAGUUAUUGAAAGCAGAGAAAGAACUUCCACUCUUUAACAUGACGAUGAAUAUCUUGAACAAGAUGAAAAACUUCAGCCAUAUGGCUUGUUCUCAUUUGUGUCAAAAAUUAAAACAGUUCCAGUACUGGUAUAGGCCUGGAUGGUCUUCAUAACACAUGAGGUGUAAUGAAAGCCAAAUCACGACGUCCAACGUCAGUGGUGCCAACGCACGAGGUAUCAAAAAGAACAUCUGCCCUCUCAAAUUAUUGAAGCAUUUUUGCGGUGUAUACCAGCGCACUGAAACCCACAGGCAUGGAUGUCGUAUGAACAAGAUAAGAUUUUCUAAACAAUGUAAGCCACAUGCGACUCAAAAAGUGCAGAGAAUUAACUUCGGUGCGUUGCUAAACCUAAGAAAGAGAGGACGUUUACGGACAUAAGAUGACCACAACAAUAUGUGUACCAGUAAUAUCCCAAUAGCUGUAAAUUAACCAAUAAACACUCGAGCAUCCAACGCGCUCGUUAAAUUUAAGAGGAUUGAGCGUUUAACUCUUUCAGCGACAAAUUGGACAUCCAUAUUCGACCUACAAACCUUGAUUCAUUUGUCAUAAUAUAACUUUAACGACUGAAUUUGUGUCUUGAAUGGUCAGUUUAAUUUUUAUUAUCGGGUUCUUUAGUCAUUCUGAUGCUAUGUAAAGAAUUAUCUCGAUUUAACACUCCUGUUGGCGGAAGGGAUAAUGCAGCAUAACAUAUAUCGAUUUGUACAUAACCCAGGCGGGCCAAAUAUUUAUGGCAAUAUAUAUAUAUAAUCUUAAAUGUACUAGUCUAAGGUAUUAUUAAGCUAUGUUCUCGUCCUUCUUUGCAUUCUAUUUAAUUCUUAGAUGUUUCUAACUUAUUAGAGCUCAGAGAGAUCUGUUCAAAAUAAAUCAAAACAAUUCAGCA